AUGUCCAAACCCGGAGACUUCAGCAGCCAGUCCUACGCUCCAGGCAGCAAGAGGGCCGCCAGUGUCCCGGGCAAGUCCAGGGAUAAGGACGAUAUGGUGGGGCUUAACGACAAGUUCGUCCAACUCAUAGACAAGGUGAAACAUUUGGAGAAUGAGAACAAAAAGCUUGACACAAAGCUGAAGAUCUUAAAGGAGCAGGAGGACUACAAGGCCAAAGUGGAUGAGGUGGUGAAGCAGAUGAAGGAUGAGCUGGAGCAGCAGAUCGCAAACCUGCUCCGAGACCAGAAAAAACUGCAGGACGAACUGGAACACAAGGACCGCGAGUUGGAUGACACCAAAAACAAGUACCAUGAUGAAGUUCAGAAGAAAAAUGACCUUGAAAAUGAAUUUAUUAUUGCCAAAAAGGAAGUAGAUGAUGGUCACUUAAAGGCAGUAGAUUUAGCUCUGGAGCUGGAGGAUCAAAUGGGAAAUUUGGAUUUCCUUAGAGUUGGAUUUGAUGAGGAAAUCAAAGAGCUGCAGUCUUUGAUCCAGAAUGAGACCUUAAUCAUUCGUGAUAACAACCAUCGCUUGCUUGACAUGGAUGAAAUCAUAGAAAAUGCUAAGAAACAAUAUGCAGAGAUGGCUGCCCGUGCAAGGGACCAGGCUGACCAAUGGAACCAGAAGAAGAUUGAUGAACUGGUCUACACGGCUGGGAAACGUGAGAGCGAAGUGCGUGAGAUGAGAAGGGACAUCUCUGACAUGCAGCGUCUGGUGGAGAGGCUCAAAGCAGAACUGGAAACACUCACCAGGAGGGAAGUAUCUAUAAAGAGGGAGAUAGAACUUGUGACAGUUGAAGGGGAUGAGGGAGUAGAAACAGCCCUAAGAGACAAGGCCAAGUUGGAGGAAGCGCUGCGAAGAGCCAAGCAGGACUUAGCCAGACUUCUACGCGAGUACCAGGACCUUAUGAACCUAAAACUGGCUCUCGAUAUUGAGAUCGCCACCUAUCGCAAACUGCUGGAGGGAGAGGAAAAGAGGAUGAAUGAACUAAUGCGCAACGGAGACGCUCAGCCACCAGUGAAGCCACAGUCACCAGAGAAGACACCUUUGCAACCACUGUCAGAAGAUACAACCCCUCAAACUCCCAUUAUCCCGACAAAAAUGCCGCUUCCCUACAACUCCUCUAAGAAACGCGUGCUGAUCCGAGUAGAUGUGGAAAAUGGGAAGGUUGUGUCCCAGAGUUCCUGUUAUGAAGAUGAAGACUGAGCCCCAAAAACUAUGAAGGGAGCAGCGAUAUAUUAAAAUAUCCACAUAUGUGAAGUCAAAAUUUCAGUCUAUAUCAGUGUUUUUUUUAAUGCA